AUGAACACAAACGGAAGAAAGAGAGUUAGCGCGGCAGUUGACUCACGCUCGAGGCCGAGACGAGGAAGGAAGCCAACUUCUUGUUCCCAAUGCCACGCGAGAAAGCAGAAAUGUAAUGGAGAGCUACCUUGUUCUCGCUGUAAUCAGCGCGGAGUUCCUGAACUAUGCCAAUGGCCUGAAACAAAGAAGACCCAUACGACAGCGUCAGAGAGAAUGACUUCAGCAGCAGAUGCUCAGGGCACAGAGCUGGGCCAGCUGUACAUUGCCCGCGGAGCACCCAGCUUCUUUGGGAAUUCCUAUUUUGGCCACCAGGUGGCAGCCCGCAUGAUUCAGGAGUCUGCUCCUGAUUUACCCCCUAUGAGCUUGUUGUCCAGCAAGGAUUCAUUGCAAUCUUUUCGAAAUGACUCUGGCCCCUUUUCGCAAGUUUGGGACUUACUCGGUCUAUUACCCCGAAAUAAAGUGACUGUCGACCGGCUGAUUGAGAGAUUCUUGACCGAGAUCAACUGGGCCAUUGAUACGGUUCACCCUGAAACCUUCAGAUCUCAAUUCGCAGAAUUCUGGGGCCGGAAAUUUGGGUUCGACGAGAUCGCUGGAGUAGAUCUCCGCUGGCUUGCCCUUCUGUUCAUAAUCCUCGCUUUUAGCGUCUUGUUAGACAGUCCCACUACUUCCUCACCGGAAAAGCGGAAGGAAAGCGAAGAGGCCUCUCUCCGCUUCUAUUGGGCUGCCAGGAGAGCGAUCGUCAUCUCGCCUUCUUUCCAUGGUGAAAGCUUAGAUCUUGUCAGAGCAGGUCUCAUGGUGACUCGAUAUUUGUUAUACACCAGACAAGCCGCAGAGAGCUGGCUUACCAUUAGUUUUGCGAUGCGUAUGGCCCAAGCACAAGGCAUGCAUAUUGACGGAGAAAAAUGGGGGUUGUCGAGGAAAGCCACCGAGACUAGAAGACGUCUUUGGAGCAAUCUGUAUUUGCUUGAUAAGACAAUCGCUCUUGCUCUCGGUAGGCCAUAUGCGAUCUCAGAUCAUAUGUGUCUCAUCAAAGCGCCUGAGAAUGUAUGGCUAGAUGGGUUGACCGAUGAACAGUCCUCGAUGGCUACGGCCCAUCCUCUAAGCUAUCCUACAGGGAGCACAGUCACACUCCUCGGCAGUGGGUUGGCCAAAAUUGCGGGCGAAAUCCAAGACCGGUGCUUUGGUUUAUAUCCUGCAUCCUACGAUAUGGUCAUCGAGAUGGAUAACAAACUAGUUGCAUGGAAAGACCAGUUACCAUCCUACUUUGCUGUGGAUGACCCCGACCUCUCACUGGAUGAGAUGCACACAUUCCUACCUUGGCAUCGCCUCUAUCUUCACUCCGCCUUUCACUUUGCCAGGAUCACCCUCCACCGACCUUAUCUUCUACGCGAGUCAAUCACAAAUCGCUUCAGCCUAAGUCACGAGGCAUGCAUCUCAUCGGCAUCUUCCGAUCUCAAAAUCCGGCUGCAGUCCUUGAAUUACGGAACUGCAGAAAACAUGAGAUGGACGUUAGGUACCCACAACAUGUUCAACAGUGCUUUCAUUUUGGGUAUCAUCGCAGUGCGGCGCCCGGUUGCCCCCCAGACCGCGGCAAUAUUGAACGACCUCGAGGAAUACUGUGAACGGUUACGGAAGGACGUUUGGUUAAAUGAAUUCGGUCUUGCGGAGGUCAAAGUGGUUGAAUUGUGUAUACUUCGCACCACUGGGCUCGCCAAAAAUACCGACCAGCCGGUUGACCAGGCCCCCAUGAGCUUACAAGAGGCAUCACCGGAUUUGAUUACGCAGGAGCACGACAGAUAUCCAAUGGUGACAACGCCUAUGAACGUCGACUCUACUGCACCGGACGCAUCGCCUGGCCAGACGCUUGGAUAUUCGCCUGAUAUGAUGUGGCCUGCAGUAUGGGAAGAUCAAAACUUUGCAUUUCCGCAGGCUGCAGAUAUUGAAACCUGGGAACAAAUGAUCUCCGAGAUUGCUUAUCACACCUAG